GGCCUCAUAUGCGGGACGAGGAGCAGCGUGUUGGGCACAACAAGCCCCACGGUCACUGGCUCCUCGCCCCGCCCUCCCACCACACCGGCACCGCAGCUCCGCCGAGCAGAGCAACGAGGAGCUGGAGCGGAGAGACAACGAGGCUCGUCCACGAGUGUCGCACUCACGUGACCGAAGGACGCAUCUCUUUUCCCGGACUCACGUCCAACACUUGAGGCAAGCGUGCACGAAGGCGACCCGGGAACUAUGGCGGAGAGAAGUAGCCGGCUGAGCUUCCCCGGCAGCGGGGCUCUCAACAGACCGGUGCCGAUGAAUUUGUUCGCAACGUGGGAAAUCGACGGCUCGUCUCCGAACUGCAUCCCUCGGCUUUGCAGUCUGACUCUGAAAAAACUGGUGGUGCUCAGAGAACUAGACAAGGAGCUCAUCUCUGUGGUCAUCGCCGUCAAAAUUCAAGGAUCCAAGCGCAUCUUGAGGUCCCACGAGAUCGUGCUGCCGCCCAGCGGGUCUGUGGAGACAGACCUGGCCCUCACCUUUUCGCUGCAGUACCCUCACUUCCUGAAGCGCGAGGGCAACAAGCUUCAAAUUCUGCUGCAGAGACGCAAACGCUACAAGAACCGCACCAUCCUGGGUUACAAGACGCUGGCUGUGGGCUCCAUCGACAUGGCCGAGGUGAUGCAGCAUCCGACGGAGGGGGGCCAGGUGCUACCUCUCUGCAGCCACCAGAAGGAGCUUCUAGGGAAGGUGGCUGAGAUCUGGAUAUUCUCGCUCUCCAGCCAGCCCAUCGAUCAUGAGGACGGCAGCCUGCAGGCCGGACACAAGAUCAAAUGCUCCGACAACUACUCAGAGGAGGAAUACGAGAGCUUCUCCUCAGAGCAGGAGGCCAGCGACGAUGCGGCUCAGGCUCAGGAUCUGGAAGAUGAUGACUAUGAUGUGAGGAAACCAAAGAAGCAGAGAAGGUCCAUCGUCAGAACGGCAUCCAUGACAAGACAGCAAAACUUCAAGCAGCGAGUUGUCGCUCUCCUCAAGAGGUUCCGAGUGUCUGACGAGGUUCUGGACUCGGAGCAGGAUCCAGCCGAGGUUCCUCCUGAGGUGGAGGAGGAAGAUCUGGACCUGGAUAGUAUUGAAUUCGACAACCCCAGCGAUAGCGGACCUGAGCUGGAUGACGAUGACAGCGUCCUCAGCACACCCAAACCCAAACUCAAGCCGUAUUUUGAGGGGAUGUCCCUGUCCAGCUCGCAGACGGAAAUCGGAAGCAUCCACAGCAGCCGCAGCCACCGCGAGCCCCCCAGCCCGAUGGAGCCCGAUAAAAACAAAUGCGUUGGUGAGGACAACGUGUCUGACAAUGUCUCCGAUGAGCAACCAGAGGCGGUGACGCCGACCACCGAGUUGGAGAUGGACAACAUGGACACGUUCUUGGACAGGCUUCCUCCGAGUGGCAAGAUGACCAAGACGGAGUCGCUCAUUAUUUCGUCUAACAGACAGGAGCCCAAGAUGGCGGGCCGGCGAGGUCGCAGCACGUCGCUGAAGGAGCGCCAGGCCAGCAGGCCUCAAAACGAACGGGCCAACAGUUUGGACAACGAGCGGGCGCUGGACACUCGCAGCCAUCUGCAAGUAAGCGCACACAAAAUUAGCACGUCGGAAACGCGCCUAAAGCGAACCUUCUUCGUGCAGAUCCCCAGGAAGACGGUGUACGAUCAGCUCAACCAUAUCCUGGUGUCGGACAACCAGCUUCCCGAUAGCAUCAUCCUCAUCAACACGUCCGACUGGCAGGGCCAGUACUUGUCGGACGUGCUCCAGAACCACCACUUGCCCGUGGUGUGUACCUGCACCACGGCCGACAUCCAGGCGGCGUUCAACACCAUCGUGUCCCGCAUACAGAGAUUCUGCAACUGUAACUCUCAGACGCCGGUCCCCAUCAAGGUGGCGGUGGCCGGCGCGCAGCACUACCUCAGCGCCGUGCUCCGCCUCUUUGUGGACCACCUGACCCACAAGACCCCCGACUGGCUGGGCUACAUGCGCUUCCUCAUCAUCCCGCUGGGUGCACACCCCGUGUCCAAGUAUCUGGGCGCCAUGGACUACCGAUACAACGCUUUGUUCCAGGACGCCGCCUGGAAGGACCUCUUUCACAAACCUGAGGCUCCUGUCAUCGUCCAGGAAAGUCCAGACGUGGUUUCUCGGGUGACGCAGUACAUGCUGGGCGCCAACGGAGCCCACCAGCUUCCUAUCGCCGAAGCUAUGCUCACGUACAAACAAAAAAGGAAAAAGAGCUUUCAUUUCGAUUUUUCCGUCAGCCCCGACGAGGACUCGUGUCAGAAAUUCAUCCCGUUUGUUGGCAUGGUUAAAGUGGGAAUAGUUGAGCAAACAUCAGCAACUGCAGGCGACUCGGAUGACGCGGCGCCCGCCGGCUCCUCCCUCCUACUCGCCUCGCCGCCUCAAGUGCCGCCGACGCUCAAAGAGGUGUCGCCCACCCCGCCCUCCUCGCCGUCCGUCAACACGAGUUUCUGCCUGUACAGCCCCGGGAGUCAAGCGGAGCUGAUGGGUCUUCAGGUGGACUACUGGGUGGCAGAUAGAAAGAAAGACUUGGAGAAGCGCGACUCCUCCUCAAUCUCCGCCGCUAAGAAUACGCUCAAGUGCAAUUUCCGCUCGCUGCAGGUCAGCCGGCUGCCCGCGGGGGGCGCCGAGCCCGGCACCCUGCCCGCCAUGUCCAUGACGGUGGUGACCAAGGAGAAGAAUAAGAAAGUGAUGUUCCUACCAAAGAAGAGCAAAGACAAGGAGGUGGAGUCCAAGAGUCAGGUGAUCGACGGCAUCAGUCGUCUCAUCUGCACCGCCAAGCACCAGCACAACAUGUUGACAGUGUCGAUCGACGGCGUGGAGUGGAACGACGUCAAGUUUUUCCAGCUGGCGGCGCAGUGGUCGUCACACGUCAAACAUUUCCCCAUCGCCGUCUUCGGCCACGCCAAAGGCCCCUACUAAGCGCCCUCCUCGCCCUCGUGCCAACCCGUUUAACCAACUUUUAUGUCAUCUGUGUCGUAUCUUUGUUUUUAAUCCAUGCUACAACCUCGGCUUUGUUAUUGUUUUUUUUAGAUGAAUAACACUCAAGCUAAAUGCUAAUCUCGCAUCCAAAAUGGACGCCGUGGCACUGAAAGCACACUCUGCACACGAAUGAAGGGUAUAUAUAUUUAAAAAAGAAAGUUGUGAAAAGACUGAAAGUAUUUUUAUGCCGGGAAACAUUAGAUAACAUGUGCAAUAGUAGAUAUAAUUAGACAUAAAGGGGACAUAUUAUGGAAAAUUGCUUUUUUUAAUGGUUUGUACACACAAAAUUAAACAACCAAGUAAGUCUUU